CAGAUGUAAAGUUAUUCUCUGUCAAACUGACGUCAGAAUGAAUGGGAGUCAAUGGAGCAUAGGAGAUAUACACUUGCCAGACGCUCGCUUACCCCCUUGCUCGGAGCACCACUCAGACUCUCAGAGAAGAAGACAGAGAAGCUUCCACUGCUCUACACACGCUGUGAUGAUGUCAGAUUAUUUGCAGCUAUCUGAUUGGUCCCCUGCUCCCUACCAAACAUCAAAGGUUAGCCCCGCCCCUUCACACACCUUCCUCCAAUCACCAACCAUGUCCCAUGAUGCCGAGCGGCCGGCAGCUGCCUGUCACCAGUUCAUCUCCUCCUCCCACUGGUUGGACGACUCCAACUGUGCUUAUGUCCCACCUCCUCUUCCUCCUCCUCCUCCUCCUUCCUCCUUUUAUGGUAAUCCUGCUGUGACUCCGCCCCCAACUUGCCUCUUCACCUCAACACCUGGAUGGAACGGUUACUAUGGCAACCUUUACCCCUCGCCUUCCUCCUCCGCUGAUUGGUUACCUGGCAGUCUGUCGUUGGGGUGGAGCAGCGCGCCAGAGCAGCGUGAGUGUGUGAGCUGUGGGACGAGCAGCUCCCCCCUGUGGAGUAGAGACGCUGCGGGUCACCUGUGUAACACCUGCUGCCUUCAACAGAAACCCAACAACAGACCACUGCUGAUACCGAAGAGAAGAGCUAGUGUGUCUCAGAGAAGAGGAACUCUGUGUUUUAACUGUUUGACUGAAACGACGACUCUGUGGAGGAGAAACUCAGCAGGAGAACCAGUCUGCAACGCCUGUGGCCUCUACUACACACUACACAAGGUCAACCGGCCGCUGGCGAUGAAGAGAGACGGAAUCCAAACCAGAAACCGUAAAGUGACCAAUAAGAAGAAGAGGAGCAGGAAAUCCGACCAAUCAGAGCCUAAGCUGUCCAUCCAGGUUCCCCUUCUGACCUCUGCUUCCUCCUCUUCUUCUUCGUCUUCAACCCUUGUGAUGGCUCCCCGUCUAACAUGAAAAAAACACUUUUUGUUGUCCAUAUC